AGGGACAAGGUGCACAAGAACCAGGAACCUCCCCACCUCCCUCCUCGGUCAAUCCAUCCCAGCUUGUGAAGUUGCACCUGAUCGGAUCGGCUGGAGGGGGAAUGGAAAAGAGAAAUGAGCGAUCUCGCUGAGGAAUCCGUGAGCGAUCCUACCGGUCACUUCAAGGCGCUGGCGCUCCGAGCUGUCCACCUCCCGGGGUCUCUGUAUCGCUCCCUGCCCGAGGUAAAGCUCCCUCCUCUUGUGAGGAAACUCUUGCUGAUCUCCGUCGUGGGGGCUGCUUCACUCGCUAUUUUGACUCACCAGUUAAAACGAAAGCGUGGGAAGAAAAAGCAGGAAGAGGAGACGGAGAAAGAGCAGUCGCCAUGGGAACAGGAGCUUUUCAUACCUGAAUUUUCCAGGACAGCAGCAUCAGAGAAAGGUUCGAGUUGUGCCAGCAGUCGGCAGAACCUGAGCCUCUCCCUGCAGUCGAAGGGAUCACAAUCGCUCAACACCUACGCAUCUGUGGGACUGCUCAGCAAGUACUCUGGCUCCGUGCAGAGCCUGGCCUCAGCUCGGAGUGCCAACUCCUCCCACAGCUGUGUGUGCGCUGCCACUAACCUGUGGGAUAAGGUUGCCGAAGAAAGUGAAGUUAACCUGGUCAGUGUGCCAGUGACUACCCCUGAGAACCUGUACCUGAUGGGGAUGGAGCUGUUUGAGGAAGCUCUUCAGCGUUGGGAGCAGGCUUUGUCUUUCCGUAGCAGACAGGUGGAGGAUGAGGCGAACUGCACCGCUGUCAAACUGGGGGCUGGAGACGCAAUAGCCGAAGAAACUGUGGAGGACAUAAUUAGUGCAGAGUUCAUACACAAACUGGAGUCUUUACUCCAGCGGGCUUAUCGUCUGCAGGAGGAGUUUGAAGCCACUCUGGGUACACCUGACCCGAUUUCCCUUGUGAACGAUAUCGACAGGGAAACUGACAUCACAGUCAGAGAUACCGAAGACUUCUGUCUGAGAGACACCACCAGCAUCGCAUCGACAGACUCUUUUGUCUCAGCGGCUGAACUAACAGAGCAUCGAGACAAUCGAGGCAGCACCUACGGUCUGGGCUCAUGGUGUCACCUGCCGCUCUAUGAAGAAGCGAUGCACUUGGCAGAAGACGGAAGAGUAUUUUGCCGGGUGUUAAGGACCGAGUUGCUGGAAUGUGUUGGGGACAUUGAUUUUCUUGCUAAGGUGCACUGUGUGCGUCAAGCCUUCCAGAUAAUUCUUUCCGAUGUAAUUAAUAGAAAGUUUUUCGCAGAAGUGGGAAGGAAGGUUCUGUCCGCGAUUAUGACAAAAGCACAUAAGAAUCCAAAAAGGUUUGAGGCCGUCUAUGAAGAGAUGAUGUAUUUUCUGCAGCAUACUGAUCACUGGGAGAUGACUCAGCGAGAGCUAGCAGCUCGAGGGGUUAAGCACAUUAAUUUUUAUGAUGUUGUCCUGGACUUCAUCCUGAUGGAUUCCUUCGAAGAUCUGGACAAUCCGCCUACUUCGAUACUGAAUGUGGUCAAUAAUCGAUGGCUCAACAAUUCUUUCAAGGAGACUGCUGUGGCUUCAAGUUGUUGGUCUGUCCUGAAAAGCAAGAGACAGCAGAUGAAGGUACCCAAUGGCUUCAUUGCUCAUUUCUACGCUGUCUGUGAGCACAUCAGUCCGAUAUUAGCCUGGGGCUUCUUAGGGCCCAGAGACUCCCUCUACGACUUGUGCUGCUUCUUCAAGGAACAAGUUCUUUUCUUCUUGAAGGACAUCUUUGACUUUGAGAAGGUGAGGUACACCAGCACUGAGUGUCUUGCUGAGGACAUCUUACACUUGAUACAGCGUCGCACUGAGCUCCUGAUGGCUUAUCUCGGAACAGACAGCCUGAGGCAUCUGAAUGGAUAUAUCGGACUGCCCCUGCCCAAUGGAUGCUUGGAAGCACAAGCACCGUAA